AUGGUUCAAAUGUCCCAAGUAAUAUUCGACAAGCCAUAUCCCCUGCCGCAGAAGCGGUCGUGGAAGUUGACUGCACUGCAACGGCUACUUAGCCGUUUCUACCAGAAGCGCAGAGAUUCACGCCAUGAACACACAGGCCUCCUCUCCAGAGGCAGAGAUAGAUUCCCUGGCGCAGUAGACACUUCACAUCACUUCCUUUAUAAACGCCACAAACUUGAAUCACCACCGGGCUCGGCUCCAUUAAACCUACACCCGAGAAGCCAUGACCCCGAUCGAAGGAGACAAAACGAAAAUUCUAGUUCAAGUCUAUUUGUUGAACCGUCUAGAGGGCUGUGCCCUUCAACCCUGUGCAUUGCACUCACCGAUGCCACGGAUAUUUCACGAAGUAUAGGAUUACGAAGAACAAAUAGCGUUCGAAACCUGAGAGUUUUAGUGCAUGAAGCAGCUAUUGCCGCAAAGGCCGACAUUAAGGCUACUUGUAAUACGAGUACAGUGUCUGUCCCCGAAAUGCCGACGAAAUUCUUAAUAGAUUUUCUCGAGGGUAGGGCUGCAAUCGAAAACUUGGACCAUUUCAAUGCUUUUCUCAUUGUCAGCACUACGGCCCAAGGAGAUCGUGUCCUCUACGCAUCGGAGGGCCUAUGGUCAGGUGAAGAUUUCGAAAAUGAAGAACACUUCUUGCAUCACAAACGCGCGCUGGACCAAACGAACGAUAUUAUCACCGAGAUCGCGGACGAUGGGAGCGAGCGGAUGCAUCUUAUGCUAUUCGGAGGACUCCCAUCUACAGGAGGGCGCACCGGCCUUGUUCUCGCAUCACUCAUCGACGUAACCAAUUUUCUCGACGCCCUCACUUAUAGUGAUCUCGAAAUUGACGUCCUUAUACGGCAUAUCAAUUCCACGAGUCCCCAGGAUGUAGGCCCAGAAAACAAACCGGAAAAUCCAUCAGAGACCUCGGACGUCAUGCGGCAGCUGGUAAAUCAUGUCGCUAAAAGUAUCCUGGCGCUUUACAAAGAUUACUUCAUCCUCUCCCAGUCUGCGAAUGCGCCGGGGUUUUAUGAGAUUUCCCAUGUUUCGCCUAACCUCUACGUCGGUGGGGAAUAUGUGACUGGCCACCUGAGUCAUACUCCGCAAGACGUGAUAAGUCGAAUUAGCCUAAUGAUGGGGCAAGGCAAACGCUUUUUUCUCGAAGUUAAAUGGGGCAGUCAUGGGAGAGAAAAGCGACUGUAUUGUAUCCCUAUGUUGAGUAUGGGUCGCCGGCGCUGGCUCUGCAUGCUGGUCGAUCUAAUCCAUCCUAUUCUGUGGCAAGAAGAAUAG